UUAGAAGUAGAUACCAUAUAUUUAGAUCCUUAUUUUUCUCUAAAACCAUAACAAAAACUUGAAAAAUAAGAAACUAGUCCUGUAGUUGCAGCGAGAAAGUCAAGCUUAUACACAAAAGUCCGAAUGAACAUCUUGCAUUAUGUCACCAAAAAACAGGAGAUCUCUCCCAAAUUGAAAAAAUUGAAAAGCCUUUGUGAUGCUGAGUCAGGAGACGUGGACUCCACUGACAGCAAGGCCAGUGAGAAUGGUAUUGAAGAAGCAGACGUCUUGAAAUCUAAAGAAUGCCCAGCAAGUGUUUGUUGCAGGACAGUAUAUAACAAAGAAGAGUUAGAAAAACGUCUGAGUCCAGCACAGUUUCGAGUGACACAACAAUUGGGAACAGAGAAACCUUUUUCUGGUAAAUAUGUCAAAUGGAAAGAGGAAGGUGUCUUCAACUGUAUAGUUUGUGGGACGCCAUUAUUUUCAUCUGAGACAAAGUUCGAUUCGGGUUCUGGCUGGCCAGCAUUUUAUGAUGUCAUAUCAAAAGGUCAUGUGCUUUUAAAGGAGGAAAAUGUAGGAGGUCUUCAGCGAAUGGAGGUCAAGUGUAGAGAGUGCAAGUCACAUUUAGGUCAUGUAUUUGAUGAUGGCCCAAAACCAACUGGAAUUAGAUUCUGUGUCAACUCAUGUUCUCUUGACUUUAGAAAGCAUACAACAGUCUGAGAAAAAAGAAAAUUGGCAAGUAACUAGGCCAGGCUUUUUCUUUAAGACCAUAUUGUUUUUUUGCAACUCAAAAUCAUCUAUUUGUAGAAAAUUUAUUGAAAAACCUAUUUCGCCUAUGCAUUAUUUUAUUCUCAAGAUGUUGGGUUUUUUUUUAAUCUGUAUUUUCAUUAAAAUUUCUGUAGAAUUUUAUUUAGCAUUCAUGACUUAAUAUUUUACAUUUUAUCUGUCACCUUGUCAAAUUAUUACUUUUUUUUUUCAUAUCUCGGAAACAUGUACAAUUUAUCAUUUAUUUCAAAAUUUUUGUUUUUAAUCACAAUUUUAAGUUUAUGACAUUGUGAUGAAGUGCUUGUAUCCCUAGAAUGUUAGCAAACGGAGUCAUGCCACAACUUAGCCUUGAACCAGAUUUCAUGCUCUGCAAUAACUUUUGUUGUUUUUUUUUUGUUUUUUUUUUUGUUUCAGCUUUUUUUGUGAUUAUAAAAAGCUGUAGAUAUUUUUCUUUUUUGGACUUGUACAUGUACAUGUGUUUUCUACAGUCAUGACUACUGGUUAUAUUCAUUUUAUUCAGUUGUCAACAUUUUUUGUAACUUAACAACGUUCAUGUCCAGUAUUAUUUUUAUGAAAUCAUUUUUAGCGGCCCCCGAAAGGGGAAAAGACGCUAUUAGUUUUGUGCGAAAUGUCUGUCUGUCCGUCCCGUUUAGAUCUCGUAAACUAGAAAAGAUAUUGAAAAUCCGACAUCACAGACCAUUCAAAGUUCUGGCUACUUUUUUUUUUCUGAAAGCGAAAAAUCUAAUUUUUAAAAUCAGUUAUGCAAGCUGUUUUUUAAAGAGAAAAAGCUAAUUAGUACGCAUUAUAAGUUAGACCUAAUUUAAAAUGAAUAGUAAUCUUGUAAACUUUAUUUUCCUGAACCUUUUUUUUUUUUUUGUAUUGUCUAAAUUUAUUUUUUUUUUUUUUUUUUGAGGAUUCAAUUAAGAGAUUGAGCCUUUUCAAAACAAUUAGAUCAAUUAUAAGACAUCAGUUAGGCCAGGGGAGUCGCGGUGGCUGAGCGGUAAAGCGCUUAGCUUCCGAACCGAGGGUCUCUGGUGAAGAAUGGGAUUUUCAACUUUGGGAGCCUCUGAGUCCACUCAGCUCUAAUGGGUACCUGACAUUAGUUGUGGAAAAGUAAAGGCAGUUGGUCAUUGUGCUGGCUACAUGACAUCCUCGUUAACCGCAGGCCACAAAAACAGAUGAACUUUACAUCAUCUGCCACAAGGAUUAAAAGGGGAACUAGUUAGGCCAGGUUCACAUCUAUAUUUACAUUCACUUUCACCUAUUCUUUCAUCCGCGGGACCGUUGGGGCACUACACAAGAUCUGUUAACCUUCUUUCUCCAUUCUUAUGUCUCAUUUGUCUUUGAAAUAAUUUCAUUUGGAUGUUCUUUCUGAAAAUAUUGAAGCCUGCCUGGGUGGACCACUUCGGGGGCCGAUUUUGAGUUUGUGUUUCCACACAAACUGUCUUUUGUAACCUUGUUUGUUUUGUUUUUAUGCUUCAAGUAAGGCAUGUGUACACUUGUGAUUUCUGUUGCUCUUUAGUUUCACUUUGAACAACACAUUGAUCUCCAAUUAGUGUACAAGUUUAAACCUUGAUCUGCUUUGUACAUAGGCAGAAAAGAAAACAAAUUAGUCUUGAUUUUAAUUUAUAAUGCAUUAAAGCUUUUUUUUUUUUUUUUUUUUUUUUUAAAUAUUGCUAAAUUUAGACUACUAUUUAGGUUUUUUUGGUCAUUGGAACAGUUAAGUUUCAUUGACUGUGUUUAUACAAGUGGGCUGUAUAAUUGAGAUUGUAUUUAUGUUAUUUUAAAAUUACUUGAGCUGUGUUGCUUACAAUUCUGUUAGUUUUUGCAUGUUGUUUCUAGAUAAUGAAAGUAUGGUAUGUUAGUUAAUGAUGAAGAACUUCAGUACAUGUCUUGAUAUUUAAAGGCAUAGAAAAAACUUGUUGUACUGAGAAUAAUAGGAGAUUAUAGCAUGUACUUAUUUACAAAAUGAUUUGACUUGCCUUUUGUUAGGAUCUGCCAUGUAAAGCCUAGUAUGAUCUUCCUUCGUUAAUGUUGUUGUUGAAAUCUAGUGCAAAUAUAACUUGUUGUUUUACAUGAAUUAAGAAUUAUAUAUAUAUUCAAUGAAUACUUAAAUUCCCAGCUGUGAAGAGCAUAUAUAAUAUUAACAACAGCCACUAGUGUGUCUGGGUAUUUAUCUUUUUGGAAUGUACUCUUUUUUAAUUUUGAAGAGCUGAUAAUACAUGUGUGAAACACAUUUAUUACUCUAAAAUUUCAGCACAUACCUUAGGGAAUCUUGAAACCUUUUGAGUGAUAAGGUUGACCAUUUGGAUGGCAUGUCCAUUUCUUACCCCCUUGUCUCUCAGAAUUGUGUCACUGGGUCUCAAUUCACAUCUUAAUUUCUUUUUCAAAUCUUUAACCAAAAAAAUAAGGUGCUGCUUAGAUUUAAAGGUGUAGGGUUAGAUUUUAUAGGAUUUGGAAUAUUUCUUUGUUAUUCUAGAUCUAGAUAGAGUACUACUGUAUUGAAAUUUUCAGUGUUGGUGCAUUCCCAUAAUUCAUAAUAUCACAUCUUCCUGAUUUUCUAUUGUAUAACUAUUUUAGAAGUUUUCUUAAAAAAAAAAGGUUUUAAUCAGCAAACAUUAAUGUCUCCAUGUUAUCCUCUUCCUUUAUCUGUAUAGAACUAAUGGAUCACAUAACAUUUUUUUCUUCCAUGGGUAAAAUAAUGUCUCUAUUCUUGAUCCUUAGCAAAUUUUAAUUCAUAUAUAGUCUGCUCCUGAAAAUAUUGCAUAGUGCAGUGUUUUUUUAAAGUUAAGUAUUCAUAUGCUUACCGUAUAUAUAAUUUCUUUCAUUGCUGAGAAUGUUACUCUUCAUGUUGUGUUCAAUAAACAUGGCCUGGUGCUAAAUCAUCUUAAUGGCUUUCAACUGGUUUUACUCCACACUUUUAAGUCAUUUUGUGAAUAUUGAGCAAAUGAAGGAUAGCCAUUUUGCCACUCAUUUCAGUCUAAUAUUUUAUUGUACACUUGGUUUCUUCUCUUGUUUUUCUUACAACAUGAAGAUAAUGUUAUUUUAAUGCAUUCAUUGUUUCUUAGACUUGUUGUUGUUAUUAUGUUAAAUCAAAUGUUUUUCAAAAGUUGCCCUGUGUGUAAGUUUCAUUUUUCUUUUAAAGUAAUUGUUGCAUGUUUAAGUUCUUGUACAUUUGUCUAUAAUAGCUUAGAGAUUUUAAGUCUUUUGUUAAUAAAAUGCUUUAAAAAAAUAUCUUAAAAACCUAUCAAAAUUUUUUUUUGUUAGAGCCAAAAUGUUUUUGUUUAAUUAUUGUAUUCAAAUUCACUAAGAUCUACUUAUAAAUAGAUUUUUGUUUGUUUGAGUGUAUAAUGUUAUUGUUACAGUAGUUACGCUGAGGUUGUCAAUAGUAGUCAAACUGAAUUUCCAUUUGAUUAGAUCAAUAAAUAUUAUCUUAUCUAUCUGAUAUGUUGGACUGUUUGAUUUAUUCUUAUUUUUAAACUGUAUCAGUGGCCUAAUACAUUUUGAGAUUAUAAGACUACUUAGCCCGGAUUGAGCUCCAGUCCAAAUAGGGACACUACAUAGUGAUAUGGAUUCAUUGUAUUGUUUAAAAACCUACUGUGAUCUGAUCACCUUAGAAUGAAACCUUUGUUUCUUGUUUCAUUGGAUUUUAUUUGCUAGCAUCAAUUUUUUUUUUACAAUGUCCUGUUUUUAGAUGCAUGCAAUAUAGAUGCAUGCAAUAUCAUUACUGCAAAAUCUUUUUUUUAAAUUUGUAUACCUUUCUCAACCAAAGUUUAGUGCAUAGUUUUAGCUUUGUUGCUAUUUCUAGAUUGUAACAAUUUUUUAAAAACAUUUUCUGUUUUUCAUGAGAAGUAAAUAUUCUGAGAUUUGCUUCUUUUCCUAUAUUGUUUAAGUCUUUUAGCAGAUUAUAUACAUUUCUCAAAUUUGUUGUUGUUGUUUUUUGUUGUUGUUGAUUCUAUUCUCAUACAUUGCUAAAAAGCUGUGAACUAGAAAAUUAAGCCCUGUACAUGCUCCAGAUAAAUAACACAAUUAUAAAAUGGAAUAAAUUAGUACCAUUAAAAAAAAACAGGGGUUAAAAAAAAAGCAGUUAGAAUGAUAACCUUAAAAUUAUUAUUAUUCCUUAUUACCUUCUCUUGUUUUAAUCCUUUAAGAUGUACAUAUUACAUUAUUUAAAAACUAUUAUAAUAUUGUAUGUCUGCCAAAAUAAUUUAUUGUAUGUAAAAUGUAUUUAUUAACAAUUUUUUACUUAAUCUUUCCUUUAUUGGCUGUGAAAAACUGUUUGCUUCAAUUUUUUUUUUUUUACCUUCUAAUUUAAAUAACAAAAUGUAUCGGUUUUUGCUUACCUAUGUAAUCUGUUUAUAGCCAGUCUCCUAAAAGUGUACACAUUGUUGCAGUGUAAGCAUGGUUGAUAUACUGGUAUCACAAAGAGUGAUAAUAAAAACCCUUUGAAUGACAGACAAAUCAAACUGGCAUACAGUAGAAGAGAUAAAAAGAUAAAAUAUUGCAUGCCAAUGCUACAGUUUGAACAAAUCCAAUAUCAUUAAGGGAAAAGAAUACUGAGACUUUCCUAAACAACUUAUCAAGACUUUCCUAAACAACUUAUCAAGACUUUCCUAAACAACUUAUCAAGACUUUCCUAAACAACUUAUCAAGACUUUCCUAAACAACUUAUCAAGACCUUCCUAAACAACUUAUCAAGACUUUCCUAAACAACUUAUCAAGACUUUCCUAAUCAACUUAUCAAGACUUUCCUAAACAACUUAUCAAGACUUUCCUAAACAACUUAUCAAGACCUUCCUAAACAACUUAUCAAGACUUUCCUAAACAACUUAUCAAGACUUUCCUAAACAACUGAUCAUGUUUUUUCUUUCUCUCCAGAAUAAGCCAGUCAGCUAUGGCUUCAGUCUCUCAGCUUUCUACACAUAUAAUUCCAUUCUAUGCUCAACACUUAAAUGUUAUUCUAAAUUGUGAUAUUUUGUUUGAAGAACAUCAAGUAGAAACAGUUUAAAAAAAAAAAUCCUGCAUUUAAUUCAUAAGCAUGCUUCAAACGCUAAUGAUUACAUUAAAUAUAAAUAAAAUCAUAAUAGCUUGGAGUGUUGUUGUUUUAAUUGGCUAAUAUUUUUUUGGUAUAAAUAUAUUGCAUUAGUUCUAAUUCUUUUUGUAAGCUAAAAUGUUGUUGCUGUUAAUUAAAUGAGUUUUUAAAUGUAGAUAAAUAAAAACAAUAGUCAUUCACUUGGCAAUAUUGUGAUAGGGUUAUUCUCAGUUUAAUGCUAUCCUGAUAUUUAAUUAUUGACUUGAUUUCUGUGUAUGAACAAAAGAAGUCAUCCCAGCCUUAACCUGCGCUAUAUUGCAUUAGUAGUGGGUUGUAUGUGUAACUUUUGACUUGUAUGGUUUAGAUGUACGCUACCUUUAGAAAUGAAACAUUAUUUCUACCUAGCCCCCCAACUUCCUGAAGUUGGAGGGCAGCACUAAGGGUUUUAACAUGAUAGAGUCAAAAGUGCAGACAGCUAUCCUAAAUGUCCUUUAUACUGCUGGGGAAAAAACCACUCCUAUCUUACCACACUAUAUUAUAGAACCUUAAAUUGCUCUUUCUCCUCUCUGCCACUCUUGUUUUGAUAGUUCAAAGAAAAUGACCUUUUUGAUGAGCUUUGACAAUCAGCAGAUAAUUUCUGGUUCAUUCCUUCCCUCUACCCCUAUCAGACAAUAACAUUUUACUUUUCAAAAACCACAUGUUCAGAGUUGUGUUCUUUUAUUUUAAACAAUUCUGAUUAUUCAACUUUUAUUUAUUUGAUUGGACAUGUGAAAAACUUGAUCAUGAAGUGGUUUUCUAGCUAUUUAAUUAGGAUGAUCACAGAAUUAUUUUUACAAAGCCUUUGUUCUCAUUGAAUGUUGUUGUUUUGUUUUUUUAAUGACAAGUUUGCAUUAACACUAUGGAAGUUUUGAACUCAAAUUGUUUAGCAAUUCUCUUGGUUAUAGAACUUGGAUUAGUAUAUGUUGUAAAGACUAAGACACUAGUCUUUUAUUUAACCCAUAAGCACAUGCAAAACAGUAGUUCACAACAAAGGGUCAGGAUAGAAAUACCAGCAUCAAUACUUUGAUCGAACCAAUACCAAUCACUUUAUUAUUGCUUCAUUUGUUUUAUCCAUCUGUUAAUAGUGUGUUUGAUAGUACAUAGUUUUGUUUACACACCUGACACAGUCUCUCUAUUCAUUGCUCUUAUUCUAUCACUCUAAAAUUAGGUAUCUACCAUAAACAAUGACACAAAAUAUAAUUACAAUAUUAGAUCAUUUGUUUUUAAGUUACUAUGUCCAAGUUUUAUUAACAAGUGGAUUUUAUUUAUACACACAAAAGUGUUGCAAAAAUUUUGAUUAUUUUUUUUUUUUUUUUUUUUGGAAGACUUCAUUUGAAAGUGAACCUUGUUCAUUUCUUAUUUAUCAUCCUAAUAAGUAUUGUAUUAUCUCUCUAUACUGAUAUAUUGGGAUUGUUGGCAAGAUAUUUAUUUGAUUUUUCGGAUAUACAUGUUAUUGUUUAUCUAUAACGUUUGUACUCCAAAUUUGUACUAACUAACAAGUAGAGCUGUGACCUCAUAUCAAUGAAUGUUGUGUGCAAUAGCCAAUAAAAUGAUUGAGAAACAUUU